GGGCGCCGCCGCUGCUACCGCCGCCGCGUUCCAUUCUCCUCAGCCGGCGACAGCCUCGCCUCCUGCCUCCCGCUUCUUCCUCUCGCAGCGCCAGCCAGACGGGCACGCCGGGCCUCGCUUAGAACCCAGAGGGCUGCGGGCGCGCGCGGGCGGCGGAGCGGAUCCCGGCGCCGCGGAAGCUGCGAGCGCCCCCCUCCCGGAGGUCGCCGCCCCGUUCCCCGAGUGAGUCUUCCCCUGGCUGACUUUAGACUUCUUACUUCUGGCUUUUAAAUUUUUUCUUUUUAAAAUAACUUUGACGGAUAAAAGAUGUGCCAUGGCAGGAUAGCACCAAAGAGCACCGCAGCGUUUGCCGUGGCCUCCGUGGGACAUGGAGUGUUCCUUCCACUGGUGAUCCUUAGCACCCUCCUUGGAGACGGAUUUGCCUCAGUGUGUUCCCUGCCCCCGGAGCCAGAGAAUGGUGGCUAUAUCUGCCAUCCCCGGCCCUGCAGAGACCCGCUGAACGCGGGCAGCGUCAUUGAGUACCUCUGUGCUGAAGGCUACGUGUUGAAGGGCGAUUACAAAUACCUGACGUGUAAGAAUGGCGAAUGGAAACCAGCCAUGGAGAUUAGCUGCCGUCUCAACGAGGACAAAGAUGCCCACACGUCACUUGGCGUCCCCACACUCUCCAUAGUGGCUUCCACUGCCAGCUCUGUGGCCCUCAUUCUCCUCCUCGUGGUGCUGUUUGUGCUGCUCCAGCCAAAGCUGAAGUCUUUCCAUCACAGCAGGCGUGACCAGGGAGUAUCUGGAGACCAGGUCUCUAUCGUGGUGGAUGGAGUUCAGGUUGCGCUACCAUCGUAUGAAGAGGCUGUGUAUGGCAGUUCUGGUCACUGUGUGCCGCCCGCCGACCCCAGAGUGCAGAUUGUGCUGUCAGAAGGCUCUGGGCCCAGUGGGAGGAAUGGGCCAAGGGAGCAACAGCUGCAGGACCAAGGGGCCUGCUCCUCUGCAGGUGGAGAGGAGGAGGCCCCGGGCCAGUCUGGACUAUGUGAAGCCUGGGGCUCUCGGGGCUCAGAGACUGUGAUGGUGCAUCAGGCAACCACCUCCUCCUGGGUGGCCGGCUCAGGGAACAGCCGAGUGGCACACAAAGAAGCCCCAGAUUCAGAGAACAGUGACAUACAAAGCCUUUUAUCCUUAACGUCGGAGGACUACACAGAUGACAUCCCACUGUUGAAGGAAGCAUGAGGGCUGCCACUGGCCUCUCUCCUCUCUGCGAUGGUCCUCUCUGCCCUUCCUCCCUGUCCCUGUGGGUUUGAGCACCCUGUACUCCAGCCACCCUACCUGGAUACCUGAGCUGCCACCUGUGUAUCUGUGUAUUUCUGUAUCUCUGAGGGCCUGCAGGCCCACCUCGCUGGAAACUCAAGGAAGAUUCUUGCCAUCUGCCUGCUGGACAGCUGGAGGAGCUGGCUUUUUGCCUGGCCCAGCCUUCCCAUCUGUGUUGGGGACAUAUUUGAAUGUGUUGGAUUGAACCCUUCCUUUCCCUGAGGCCUCUGGGUCCCCUCCAGCCAGCUCUUUGGCAGCAGCCCCCACCAGCCCUCAUGGGCCUGAGAGCCGCUGUGUUUACUUGUGCCUUCCCCAACCCUGUCCACUUUCCCUGCCACACAGGCUUGUUGCUGUCCUACAAGCCUUAGUGGCUGCACUGCUGCCCCUGCCACACAGAGGGCUGGGCCUGGGUCUGGCCUGUUUCUUUUGAGGGCUGGCACCGCUGUCUUACUUAGCAGGAGCAGAUCCAAGAGUGGCUCUAAGUGGGGUAAGAGUGGGGGUCCCUGCACCUGCUCUUGGUUGACACCGGUGGCACACUUCCUUGGCUGAGAAUAGAAGAUGUGGAAAAUCAUGCCAAAGCCAUCCCAGCACCCAUCCCUGGCUCAGAGGUGCCUGCUCCUGGGCCUGCUGAGUUGAGUUUCCAGGAGGCAUCCAGAAGAUCCCGAGGAAGGGAAGGAAGGUGGUGGUUAAUCAUUGUCUUCCUAGUAUGCAAGUUCUCACUUCCUACUUCCAGCAUCAGCUUUCCUGGCCUCGGUUUUUUCUGUUUCCCUAGAGUAUAAGGGGAAGUUGCAUGCUGCCUCUCGGGUUUGAUCCUGGGCAGCUCCGGCUUCCUUGCUGCCCACAGAGGCCUGAGGCGAAUCCUCCCUGGGACGGAAGAGUUGAUGAGAUGCCACAGAAUGCCUGUCUGGUCACUGGCAGUUGGGGCAAGUUGCCCCAUUCUGGGUUCAUGGUGACGGAAGGGAGCCUGAGAGGCGCAGACCGAGUUCCCAGGCAGCUGCAGGCAGCUCCAGCCCUGGUCGGGAGGGUCCUCCUCACCACAGUCAUGUGCCUUAGUAACUGCCCAGGAAGUGUCCUGCUGCUUGCUGCGCUGCUGCUGUUCCUACUUCUGCCCGCCCCUGCCGCCCCUCCACAUGUCUCAGCUGAUGACGACUCCCUGGUCUUCCCUGGCACCCUGCACUCUGGGGGAGGGGCUGAGAGACCGUCCCCAAACGCCCCCACCUUGCUGGCCUGCGGUGCGUGAAUGAUUGUGAAGCAGCCUGGCUCCAGGGCCCUGGUGUUGAAGGAGUGGGCUCUGCACUCCAGAUGAUUCUGCUGGGGCCUCACCCCUCGCCAUGCGUUGAAUGCUGACAAGGGUGGGUGGCAGAGCUCAGCCAGGCUGCUGCCAUCUUCAAAAGGUGUGGCAUUAAGGACUGCUUGUUUUUGUUUUGUUUUUGAAGCACGGGCUGGGAAGCUUCAAAGCUGACCCCGUGUUGCGCGUCUGCUCCUCCCCCGAGCCUUUCUGUUUGGGGUGGUAAAAAUAAUAAAGAGCCUAGUAUAUUUUCAGUCCCUGACCUCACAGGGUAGCUCCAGCUGUGGGUGGCCUGGAAGAUGAGGGGAGUGGCCUUCUCUCAGCCUCCUGCCUCGGCUCUCACACACGCACUUUACUACCCACUCAUUCCCGGGCCUCCUGCCGCCACUUGUAGUCUUCCUUCCGCUCAGGGUUGGGGCAGUGCCUGCUGUGCCUGUUGGCCACUCCCAUGUCUCUCCCCUGCCCCACUGGCGCCCUUGCAUGCUGUGCCUGAAGCCCAGGCCAGUGUGGUUAGAUGUGGAAUAGGUUGGCCAAGGUGCUUAGAACUAGAAUGCAGAGGAAGAUGAAACGGACCAGGGGCUUGUCCUUGGCCUCAGAAGAGGCCAUUUCCAGAGACGUGCCUGCCAGCAGUUGCUGGCACUGGGCGCAUCUGGAGCGUGGGGUCUGCACUGCCUCCAGCUCCUCACCAUGUGCAGGCUCUCCACCCACAGGGGCCCUGGUCUUCCUCUGAAGAAGAGAGCAGGGGCGAGUGGAGGGGGAUCCAGAGUCUCGCUGCUGAGUCUGUAGCUUUCAUUUCCCUAUCUUCUAAAACCUGAACUCAAGAAUAGUUUUAAAAAUGGAAGAUCUUAUCCUUGCUUAUGUCAUUAGUCUGUCUUUUUUUCCCCUGAGAUUGCACUUUUUGUUUUGGGUUUAUUCAGCCACAUAGGUGAUGGCUUGGCCCUUGAAAAAAUGAAAAGCCUUCCUCCUGAAGCCCACCAUCAGCACCGUCCUGAGGAUCACAAGCCCGGACUUGCUUACCUGGUAGGAAAGAAGCCAGGAUAAAUGGGAACCUCCCCUCACCCCACCCCGCUUGUCACAGGCUUUGAUGAGGCCCACCUCCCGGUGGCCCUUGGGCCUGUGGGUGCAGGAACCAGGCCUCGGGGUGCUGUUAACAUCCCUGCCGGCUGCUUCCUGUGGUUGGUUCUCUUUUCCCUGAAGCAGUUGCUUAGCCGUCAGCCAUGUGCUGCUUUUUCUGGGGCUUCUGCGCUUUGUCGCUUGUGAGGGAUGAGGGACUCCACAGCCGCCUUGAGGUGGGGCUUGGCUGAGAGAGAAGGGCCGGGGCAGGUGGCAGGCUGUCACGAAGGAGGCUGCGAGAGGAGCCUGGAGCAGGAAAAACUGCCCCCAGUCUGGCUUUCACGGGCUCACCUCUAGGGGAGUCCAGCAGAGGGCUUGUCUAGGAGAAUGGUCAGCACCAAAGGACUUUUAAAAGUGUUUUUUUGCACACAUGAGCUCACUCAGUGCAGGUGUUGUGUCCUGGCAACUUGCAGUCACAUUCCAGCGACUUUCAAGGGCCAGCAUAUGGUGAAGAUCACUUAAAAUUGCCAUCCCUUUCAAUGCCUUAGUUUAGCAAGUAGACUCUGUCUUUUGCCAUUUCUGAAUUUUGUGUGCUGUGUUCCCAUUUCAUUGGGUGCGACCUGUGAAAUGGGCUGAGUCCUGGCCAUUUUGUGAGUUCUUUUGGUUUUUAAGGCAUUUUAAUGUACAUUCUACUAACACUCCAUUUACAAACAGAACUUAAUCUAAGAUUGUCUUCCCCAUGCAUCUUGGCGCCACCCCCCCCGCCCCCCCCCCGCCCAGCUUCAAAGUCCUGUGGAGAAGCUGUAUGGUAAGACAGACAAAGGUAGACUUUUCCUGCUUCAUGAGUAGUGGCACAGGGAUUCAUAGCACUCGGCCUUUCCCCUCCCAGACCCAGCUGAGCUCUCAGAUCACUUGCUUCCCACAUAACUGUGUCACUUCCAUUACCAGGGAACACCCUUACAUAGAGAGUGGAAUAUGCUGCAAACAUUUCUACAUCCUUGCCCUUUUUUUCCCUCCUUAAAGAGAAUAAGGGCCCAGAAGGGACGUGGACAUAGGCUUUACAGCUUAAUUCCAGAUGUGCUUGCUGAGGACAGUGAGGCUGGGAGCUUGUCUUGUGGGGCCUUCUGGGGCUCCUGGCUCUCAGCAUAGGGACAGUCAUUACUGAUGUGCAGUGAGGGGCUCAGAGAGGAUUUUGCUUGGCAGAUGUGUGGACUGAGUGGUAGAGAAGCUGGUUACCCAGAAAGGCAGCAGGCUCAUCUUUGCUGGGAAGCAACUCCUCUUAAUCUCCGGUUGAAAACCUAGUCGAAUUUUGAAUGAAAACCCCGAGGUUGAGCUCUCUGCCGAGCAGCAUAGCUAGCUGGAGGGGAUGCAGGGGCUGAGCACUGGGAUUGCCAAGCAGGGAGGAGAGAUGGACGCGAGUUGUGUGGCAGCCCACAUACCCUGCCCUGGCUGCUGCUGCUUGCACCACUAUGGAAUCCUCUGCAGAAUGGUACUCAUAUAUAAUGGAUUAAAACGACACAUGCGUCAUUGACUCUGUGCAGGAUGUCACUCAAUCAGUUUGGAUUUGCUUUAUUUUAUUUUAUAUAUAUAUUUUUUGGUAUCCUGUACAUUGCAGUGGGUGUGAAGAUAGUAUUUUAAUAUUUGUACAAAGUUUAAUUUAAUUUUAAUUGUUCUAUGUAUAUAACUGCAUUUCUAAAUAAUAAUAAAAAUUUUCUUAUGAAGGCA